AUGGCUUUUGAAGAUGACACAUGUGUUUAUUAUGACGAAGAUGCCUAUAUUUAUUACUCAAAAGAGUGCUCGGGUGACAAACUAUGCAUUUAUGAUUUAAAUUCCCAAAAUAAAACCUGUAAAGAUGAUAAAUUUAGCUUGGGUAUAAGUAGCAUAGGAGAAACAUGCAAAAAAAGUGCUGAAUGUGAUCCCAUUUGGAGCAGAGGCUGCAAUAAUUGAAAAUGCCAAGGAGUUUCUGCUGGCCAGUCUUGUAGAUCAAAUUAUCAAUGCAUGCCAGGAACUUAUUGCCUAAUCAAGAAUGUGUUCAUCAAAUAG